GUUCUCCAAACUGCUCAAAAUUUCCGCUACCAGUUCUUCAGAACCUAUCAGAACCUGCUGGAUUUCACCCUGGAUCUGGGGGCAUGUUGUGUGCUGAUUGCUGAGAGGAGAAGGCAAGAAAGACAAAGAUCUCAAGAGAAGAACCUAACAAAAAUUUUUAAAUGAAACAAGAGGCAGUAUAAUAACAUUUUCUCCUGGCCAUGAAGGCAGCAGCAGAGCAGCUGAACGCAGGAUGCUGAAAACCCACAGGAAGCUUUUCCCGGGGACCGUAAAGAUGCUACCCAGCUAAAGAGAUAGCAGUCAUUCAGUGUCUAGAGGUUGUAGGUUGGAAGGGGGGAAAACAGGCUUCAGCUCAACCCUAGCAAGACUAAGUGGCUGCACUGCCCUAAGCAGAACUGAUGUGAAACCUGAUGACUUGCAGCUCCUGUUCAGAGAUCAGAUGUCAGACAAGGCCAGGACCUGAUGACUGAAAUAAUUCUUUCUGCUCACUUCCAUGCAAACUUUUCCUUGAACAUGAGCAGCGUGAGGGGGUAUCACACGUUCCUUGCCUUCUGCCUUAUUCUACUCAACUUUGGCAGCCUGCAAUGCCUUGUUUUAGGACAAGGGGACGAGAGGCAUGAAAAAAAACUGCAUCUGGCAUCACCAGCAGAGAGCAGCUUAGCAGACACAAAUGCAUCAAAUCCAGAGGGUAACUUAAGCUCAUCCAUGAAUAUAGCCAGCGCUUCUGCAUCUGAAAGCCUUUAUGGAGCCUCGGUAGAGCCAUCCAGGAGGUCAUUAAACAGAGCCACAACUGUAAAAACGACCUUACCAACCAUUCUGCAUGUUCACAAUCCCUCGGAGCACUCAGAUAUGGAUGCUUUUGCCAGCACAGGUCUGAAGAUUGCUGCAGAAAGCGAAAGGCAAAUCAGUCUCAAUGGGCCCAAUGAAAAACCGGAUAAAUAUGGGACACAGGAAGCUUUAAUUGCCACUGUUGUGACCAUUCCAGAUCUUCUUGUUGAAAAUGAUACACUUAGCUCUGCAAAAGAAACAGUGGAGGGAGGUGGGGGAGAAGGAAAACUUGAUGGAGAUCAGUUUACACCGGGCAGUCUGGAGGAAGGUGCCCAUGUUGACCCUUCAGACAAUCCCCAGGUAACUAUCCCCAAAGUAAUAAUUAGCUUUCCUGCUACAACAACAUCAAGCAACCUCUUCAAGAAUCCAUUUCUUCCAACGAGCCCACCAGUUGAUUUGACAAAAGGAUCUGAUGGAAAUAGCUUCCCAACGAUCUGGAUGGGCACAGAUGCUGCUACAGAGCCCAGGUUAUUGCCUGCAGAUGCCUCCUUAAAUUUGGAAGGGGAAAUCUCAGAGAACCAAGGGCCCUUGAAAGGCAUCUUAAGCACUACCAUGAUGGCCACUGCAGGCUUGCUGCUAAGUGAUGAGUGGGAUGAUACCAAAUUAGAGCCUUCCAGCCAGGCGAAAGCUAUGCAUCCUCUGAAGAUAAACCAACCUCAGAUAGCGCAACCAACAGGACAGGAGGACGAUGAUGUGAAAAAGGACCCGUCACUGAGAUUAUUGGUAACCACAGCAAAAGGAAGCAAAGAUAAUCAGAAUGGGUUAGGCCAGAUACCCAUGCAGGUAGAGGAAUCAGCCAAUACAAGCUUGAAUCUUGCUCAUACGAUCGAUCCAUCUGAGAAGGUUGGAGCCCAGUCUGAAAGUCCAGGGGAAAACGUAGAUCCAACAGUGAUCAUCAGGUCUAGAUUGUUUCCUGAGACUAUAACUACAACAGAUGCAACCAAAUCAGAUGUCUUCCAAACCUUAAGACACCAGUUAAGAGCUCAAGAUGGCAUACAUAACGCCACAGCCUCAACAAUAACCCUGUCAGGAACAGCCACAGCCUUCCUUGGUGCUGCUACUGUGCCAUCAUCACUUGGCCUGCCUGCCCAGAAGAUGACAGAAUCACAAAAUGUGAUGGAGAAAGAAAUGGAGUUGGCAACUCAGAUAUCAACAGUUUCCAGCACCGCCCAACCCUUGAGAAUAUUAGAAACAGUUGUUCCUACAGGGUCUCCUCCUCCUACUCAUCUCCCAGUGAAAAUGAUGGAAGCUAAAGAACCUGUCACCCUCCUAGAGAAUAAAGAGAUCAUUUCUGUUGCCUAUAUUCCUGCAAAAAUGGCUGAUCUGAGGGUGCCAACUGAAAUGACUCUGCCUUCUUUAGCAUCUUCUACAAGGCAAACCACAGUUCUAGCUGCCCACCGAAUUACCACAGCUUCAACUUAUGGGCUGGAGAGGCUGGAAUCAGAAGAGGAAGAGGAGGAGGAAGAAGAAGAGGAGGAUGAAGAAGAAGAAGAGGAAGAAGAGGAUAUGGAUGAGGAUGAAGAAGAUAAUGACGACGACAGAGAACCCAGUUUAAUAGAUGAAAACUUAGAUGAUGCUGACCUCUCCAGUUUUACCGUUCCUGGGGAAACCUCACAGGAACCUUUGGAAGGUCUGGAAAGCCCUGCAGGAGAGCUCUCAGGAAUAUCCUAUCAUGUACCAAACGCAAUUGAAUGGGAGCAGCAGAAUCAAGGGCUCGUGAGAAGCUGGAUGGAAAAACUGAAAGACAAGGCAGGAUACAUGUCUGGGAUGCUGGUCCCAGUGGGUGUAGGCAUUGCUGGAGCCCUUUUCAUCCUGGGAGCACUUUAUAGCAUCAAGAUCAUGAACCGCCGUCGCAGAAAUGGCUUUAAAAGACAUAAGCGAAAGCAGAGAGAAUUCAACAGCAUGCAAGACCGGGUGAUGCUUUUAGCAGACAGCUCUGAAGAUGAAUUUUGAAUCGGGCUGCAAAGCUACAUCAUGUUCUCCAGUGACUUACUUUGUUUGCAAAGAGAGGUUUGCAAGUAAAAAACAAAAAAAGUCUUUCUGCUGCAUCCCAGCGGCCUGCCCCUGUUGUGCGUUCACAUGGCAGUGUUGCUUUACACAACCAGUCCCCAAAAGGAGAAACACACACACAGCCAAACACAUCCCACUCACUGCAUGUUGCAGCCUUUUUAAAAAAAACACCAUGCAUUUGUGCAACUUCAUUUCCAUUGCACUGCAUGUUCUUAAGGAUGAAACUUAACAAUGACUCCACUAAGAGUGGGGGACAAGACAGGCUGAAUGACAAUAACGAUCCUAAGGUUUUAGUUUUCAUUUUGAUGCUAGCAAUCAAAAUGUCACCCUUUCCCAUAUUGUCUUGGGGAGGAUGAUUUUUUUUAACCCAGAUAAUGCCUGUCAAUCUCCCACUUAAGAUGCCUCUUCUAAGAUGUGGGAUUUCCUGAGCUAAAGUUCAUGGUUUUGAAAAUAAUUGGCUCUGUUUAAUUAACAAAGGGGUCAUAUAGAAGCAGUCCACCUCAUAAACAGGAUAGUAACUAUGUAGGUAGAAUACAAUGAACAAGCACGUAAUGUAUAUAUAGUGUAUUAUGCUUAGGGCCAAACUAGAUAGUCACAUACCCAAGAGACAUGUGCUUUGAUUUGUUCAUUGUGAAACAAAUGGGAGUGGAAGAAUGGUAGGGAGAGUGCUUUCAUCAGCUCAGUGGGGGACCCAUAAAGAUCAAAGUACUAAGCAAAUUGUCACAUAUGCAUGGCAUACUUCACAUGACUAUUUACUCAGCUCCCACAGCUAAAAAACCUCUCUACUGUCUGCAGUGUUCCCAAAGUGAUAUGGAAGUGGUCCGUGUACAUUUGAUCUGUGAGAGAUCAUUACUUGGUGCUGUAGUCAUCAAAUGAUGGCAAUGAACCAGUGGUAAAUGCAGUGAUAGUGGUGCCCAAAUUCCUGACACCUUGAGGCAAAGCACUUUUUGAUCUGGAUUAAAGUUUAGAGUACACUUUUUUUUGUGGUGCGCCAAGAGCUUGGGGCAUGUUCCUUUGCAGCUACUUGGGUAUUGAGCAAAGUUAUCAGCCCUAUUUAUUUAUUUGGAAAAUUUAUAUAGCUGUGUAGAGUCACCUGUGAGUGAGUAGGCAGCAAUAUAAAAUUUAUAAAUAAAUAAAUAAAAUAGGAUUGACAGUUCCGUAUACAUCUUUGCGUCCAUAAAGCACCCCGCCACAUUUCACUUCCUUUUAAUUUAGUGCUUCUAGUGAAAGCUGGCAUGGAACCACCCUCUAAGAUUCUAUUUUUUUACAAAAAUAUCUCUAGAUUCAAUAGACAUUUCAUUUCUCUUCUUGGAAAAUAAACAUGGUGGCCACAUCCUCAUUGGCCAUGUCCACAGCAGAAACUGUUUUGAAAACAGAUGAGCAUCUAGCAGUGAUUUCAAGGGAGCUCCCGCCAAGAUGUUCAAAAUUCCAAAUAUGCAAAGAAGUCAACGCAUUGCCUAACCCAGUCUGAUUUACUGGAUUCUCUCCAAUUGAGUUGGACAAUCAUUCCCAUUCUUCCCAGUCAACAGGGAAGAUAGGAAUAUUUUUAUACAAUCUGGAGAAAGUUAGAGGUGGGGAAAGUGGGUCUAAUUAAUUGUUCAACUUCCUUGGGAAUAAAAAUGUGCUCCUGACUUUGAGCUUUUCCCACACCAGUUAACUAAACUAGUAAGAGCUCUUGUCUUGCUUUCCAUAAAAAGACAUGAGAUGUGUAUUAAGCUGGACCUUUGCUUACUUCUCCCAAUUAUAUCAAGGUUGACUCAGCCUUCCAUCCUUCCGAGGUCGGUAAAAUGAGGACCCAGACUGUUGGGGGCAACAUGCUGACUCUGUAAACUGCUUAGAGAGGGCUAUAAAGCACUGUGAAGUGGUAUAUAAGUCUAAGUGCUGUUGCUAUUGCUAUUAUCCACCCUGAGCCACUAGAACUGUUAGGGGUUUCAGGAAGAGGUCACACCAAUAUUGGCUAAAGCCAGAAAUUGGGAAUUUCUGCGUACCAAACAAAUAAUCUGCUGUGUUCUGGCCUUUUCUUUUUUUCAAAAGAGAUAGAGAGGAUGAAAUGAAAGCUAUAACAAGAAAUCUUUAGCUUUAUUAACAAUUAAGCAAUUACUGUUUCUGAUAUAGUAGAGUUUAUUUUUUACCAAAAUGCUUUGCCUCUUUGGCUCACAUGUUUUGGGAAUCAUUGUCUCAUCAGUUUACCUGAUGGAAGUAUGUGUAAAUAUAUCCUCUGUGUAGGGCUUCAAUUUGAUCUUCCAAAACAUUUUGGAGGAUUUUUUUUUUAAUGACCCUCCUUAGGGUUAUGUGAAGGUGAGAAAAAAGGAGGACAGUUCUGGUCAAUAACUUCAGAGUAGCGGUACACCAUGAAGUAAAUCAUAGGUAAGCAGGAAAGAAGUGCGAAAGCAGUUGAAAUGUCUCUAGUUUCAGGCUUCUAGUCCAUAGAGAGCAAUUUGUUAUCUUAAGGAUAUUAAGCACUAUUUUUGUAUAACACACACACACACACACACACACACCCCUUACAUAAACAAGCAAUGUCUUAGUAAGAGUGGCUUCCUAGCAUAGCUUCCCAAGAUUGUAGACAAGGGGGGCCAAGAUUUCCAGCCAAUUGUAACCAAAGCAAUAUGGUGCAAGGACAGCAAACUGGGACCAUAGAUGGCCAAGCCAGAAGCUUCCAAGACCGAUGACUUCCAACAACUACUAGAAUGUGAUGUGUAGCACAUAAUACGUUGGGGUGCCUUUUUUGAUCUGGCAAGGGCUGAAGGCCAUGCGUGCAUCCAGCGAUAGUGUGAAGUUGAGAUGGUAGAGGUGAAAAAGAUGGUUCGGAAGCAACAGAAUGGACUUGAGCUGCUCUAGACUAAAAAUGAAAGAUCAUAUUUUGGAUGCACCCUCAACCAUAAAUUGGCUGAAUAAAAACUUUUUAUCCCCGAUAUGUCAAGGUACCUUUUCCCAAAAAUGAAUAAAUAAAAUAAAAUAGAGAUGCUCUUUCCUUCCUCCUCUCCAUGCCUGCCAGUUCAGCGGUAUGGAAUAGCAAAGCCCUAAUGUAGGUUCUCCUCCCACCCAGUGGCUCACUACAACACAUUCAAAGCAGCCAGUCCAAGCAGAGCAGUCCUUCUGUCCCUUGCAAUUUCUCCAAUGGCUCUUUUUGUUGGAUCAGAUAUGGCAGGCCCCCCCACCCCCGAUAUGGCAGGCCAGAGCUUGGGACUGAUCCCUCUCUUCCUGAUUCACUCCCAGAAUGGGACAGAAUGACUCAAAAUUCAUGGCUUUCCAAUAGGAACGGGAGGGAUAUUUGAUGCCAAGCGUAAGAGUUUGGAUGUUUCCUUCUUAGGACUUUAACUAGACUCAAGGGUAGGCGGAGUUCUAGUUAAGGCAGGGAUAGAAACUGACCCCCAUUGCAUGCCUGGUAAUUCCUCUUCAGUCUCCCUGCAUCUCACAACACAAGAAGCCGGCUAAAACUGGAAUUGCUUUUGAAUUGGGAAAGAUACCUCUACAGAUUUCAGGGCUAGAAGAGAAAUAUUUUGAGUUGUCUUGUUAGCAAUCUAACUUGUGUAGAACUGGAUUCUAAAAAAAAGCAACUAGGAAGAGGAAUACAGUAGAAAGUAGAUAAAGGGUAGCGCUUGAGCAGGGGUGGAUCUCAGGACUCCUGGUCCUGUUGUCUAGCUAUAGACCAGCCUUCCACAACUUGGAACCCUCUGGAUAUGUUAAGUGUGUUGGUUAGGAUGCGGAGUGGUUGUCCAAAAUCCGAGCUGUCCAGUGGAAGCUAUAGUGAUGAUGUCAUGAUAUGCCUAAACAUAUUGGAGUGUACCAGGUUGGGGAAUGCCACUUAGGGCCUUUGGUAAGUCACUUUGGUCAACCCAAUCGUCAUCUUUUGGGUAGGAAUAAGAGACCUACCUCACAGGGUUGUUGUGAGGGCAAGCCAAUAAAGUUUUGAAGCACUUGGCCAUUAAACGUGUCCUGUCAGAAAUAUGUGCACAUAAAGAAAACAAAACAGUGUUGCUUGUUAAAAUAUAUAUAUAUAACAAGGAAGUUUGGCUUAAGAAACACAAUUGUAGCCUAUCCAGCAUCAAUGUGGGCAUAAAUGAUUAGCAGCAGAUAAAAAAUGUUGGAAAGAAAAAAAUGGGCUCUUUUUCCUGGGGACAUUUGAUUUCUCUUGGCCUUGUCUGAGGAACACACUAAUGAGCAAGUGAUUAGUUCUGGGUGAUGAUUUCCUGAUUUUCUGCACUUUGGCUCUGCACUUUGGCUUGCUAAGAAGUUCUCCUAAUUGGAAGAAGGGACUUCUGGAAAUACCUUUGUUUUUAAUGACCAAAAAAGAAUCAAGUUCCCUCCUGGCUACUCUUAAAACCUUGUGGCGCCAUUUUUCGGUCCCUCUGGAUGAUGGACAUAUUGGAGGCUGCUGCCAUCCCGACAGAGUCAAAGGCUUUCGUAAUGACAACAGCUGGGCUUGUUGGGAGAAGAGGCAAUCCUGAGGGACCCAAAUUUGUUUUUGCUAGAGGUGGCUGGCAGACCAAAGCUGAAAGCAGCAAGGAAAAGUGUUCAUCGUGGUUCAGAGAGCAAGAAGUAAAAGAUAAGUGAGGGAAGUUUUCAAAUGCAAGGAAUGUUUGUUUAAGGAAAGCUGUGCUUAAACAUGUGCAGCAUAAAAUGUACCUUUAAAUUUCAUAUUUUGGCAGGGUGCAUAUAAAGUGAUUAGGGUUGCAGCAGCAGGAAGCGAGGAAUGCCUAAAAAUCUAAUCUGAAAUCGCUGCCUGCUAUGAAUACAGUGUAUUGUAAUUUAAGAGUUAAGCUGUAAGAUUCUUGGUGCUGUAAUCUUUGUUAUUUUCUUACACGCAUUUCAUUACCUGACUAGGUAACAUUGUCAGUGCUAGUGAGUUUGGGGUUUGCUCUUCAUUUCUGUACAGUAGCUUGUCCUGCUAGUGCUGGUGGGGGUCUACUUGGAAGUUCUUUGAAUAGGAUAUUAUUCUAUUUCUGCGUAAUACCUUAGGAAAGCCUAACAAUGGUAUAUCCUAGCAAUACUGUAAAUAGAGGAAUUACUAAGGAGAAAAUAAUUAGACAAACAAGCAUAAAACAAUACUUUAAUCAAGGAACUACCAAGGAGAAAACCACACCCCCACCAAUACUGGCAGGACAAGUUAUAGUAUAAAAACAGGGAGUGAACCAGGGGUGAAAUGCUACCCGUUCGCACUGGUUUGGGCGAACCAGUAGCAGCGGUGGCGUGUGGUUCAGAGAACUGGUAGCUGCGGCAGCACGAGGCUCCACCCACCCUCCUGGAUGUCAUUACUUCCUGGUUUGAACCAGGAAGUAACCUGGUUCUGCACAUGCGCAGAAGGCUUUGCACAUAUGCAGAAAGCCCAAAAUCAUGUACAGAGCGCACACUUCCAAACCAGUAGGGAAGGUAAGUAGACUUCACCCCUGGAGUGAACCCCAUACUCACUAACACUGAUGAUGUUAACUAAUUGGGUAAUGAGACAUUUGCAAGCAAACAACCAAGCUCAGAGAGCGCUAAGGAUUCCCAUUGCUGCUUAUAUAAUUAGGAGUUGCUUUUUGGCACUGAUGAUUCUUUCCAACACAGAAAAAUGUUUCUCAAACUUAGCAACUUUAAGAUAUGUGGACUUUAACUCCCAGAAUUCCCCAGUCAGAAUUCUGAGAUUUGAAAUCCACGUGUUUUAAAGUUGCCAAGUUUGAAAAAUACUGGGUUAGAAAGAAAACAAGGAAAACAAUUGUUUAGCAAUUGAAGAAAAAGUUAAACUCACUUUUUUGCUCCCAUCUCUAAUUACCAUCCUUCCACUUUCCAACAGCUGCUACUUACAUUUGCAAAAAGGGUGCUUUUAAAUGCAAGAAGUCAAACUUUGCUUUCAAUUUUCUUCUUGAACCUGGCAUUUGUACUCAGUGACAUACAAUGGCCACAAUUUCUUAGGAAAAAAAUAAAUAAAGGACAAGCCUGAAAAAGGGAAAAAUUUGAAAGAGGUUCAUAAAGAUAGCAAAAAUUGUUUAUAAUCUUACUUCACAAUAGAAAAUUCAAGAGCAAAGCCAAGAAAAUAAAUAAAUAAAUCUAAAGGAUAGCUUUCUGAACUGAAGAACUGUCCUUUAUAAUAAAAGGACGUAUGAUAACUGUAGCUGAUGCAUUGCGUUAGAGGUCCAUGAUUCUAUACGAGUUACGAAAUCCUGCUUUAAUUUAAUCUGGAAAAGGGAAGCCAAACCAACCGAGUAGGACAAAGGAGGAUAUUAUCUAACAUGAAGCUGUUGGCUGUCUCGGACUUUAAGUGGAAUAACAUUUUCAACCUGUCUUUAGUCCAAGAAAUUCUGGAAACGAAUGCAGAAUUGGUCCAUCUGAAAAACCACAUUGAUUGCAAACCUGUCAAGUAGACGUAAGAGACUGACUAUCCUGGGAGUAUCCAGUGUUUCCUGUGGCUCAUUGAAGAUUUCACUCUUUUAUUCCCAAUCCUCAUACAUUAAUAA